ACGGUGCAAGUUAUCAGCUGCUCUAUAACCCCUCAACACUGAGGACAGACCAUGUGAUGUGGACACAAUUAUUUUUGCCAAGAUUUGGGUAAAAUUCCCUGCCUAGGAGGUAGGCCUCGGUAUAUCUUAGGCCUUAGUGAUCUUGAAGACUAAUACCACGCUGCUGUAAACCCACACGGGCGCUCCAUCGUCUAUUAUUAAGGGAUAACAUCGUAAUGAAUCCUGGGAAAUUAUAUUUUAUUCCUCAGCUCUUUAAGCCCCCGACUAAAGAAUACUCGGCAGUGAGUCAAAAUGAUCCAUUCGUCGCGCAUGAGGUGCUACAAGAAUACUGCAGUUUGUUUGCCAGCGACGGGUCUGGUGUUCCCAGCUAUAUCUCCAGAGACCCUGACAUAUCUAGUAUCAUCGACUUCCCUGCUGAAUCUUGGGAUAAAAUAGCAAAGGUUCAGAUGCAGCGAGAGAAAAUAGAGACCAAAGCAGAAGAUAAAGAAGCGACAACAGCACCAAAACAACAAGAGGUGGACCAUCUCAAACGUACACUGGACCAAACGGUGGACCGAAUCUUCAAUAAGCACGGCUUUUUUGUCAAGAAGCCAUGUCCUGUUAUGAUCCCGUACAAGUCUACUCUGAACCACGCCGAGCACAAGGCUUACCUCCGAGCAUUUGUCAAGUUCAAGAUCCGAGCGCCCACGACCGCUGCUGAUGCUUCUGAGUAUGGCCAGUACUUGAGGCUACAACACCGGGUGUACGAGGAGCAGAACUGCUUCAUGCAGUUCUCACACCAGGUCUCCAGGCUGCAACUUCCAGCUUACAAUUUGGUUCCUGAUGUUAUCAAAAAUUAUGUCAAUGAUUAUGUACAGCACCGGUGUAAACGCUCCUCCAAUUACAAGACAUUAUAUGUCCACGAACAGCAAGUGCCCAUUUGUCCUCAAGACCCGACUAAAAGAUUCCACUCUCUAAGUCUCACCCACAUUGGCCAUCUACUAAGCUUGGUAAGGAGAAUCUUUUCACAACUAUCCCACAUUUUGGAAAAUAAAUUUUAUGUGAAAUUUGAGCUGUCAUUAGCCACCUAGAAUUUAAUGAAGGUU